AUGGCAAGCCCUUCGGUUAUGACGCCCAUCAAGCGUCGUGAUGGUCUUUUCUCGACCCGUUUCGCUGGUGGCCGCGCCCCCUUGACCCCCUCGCCUCAGACCCCCAAGCAGCAGAACUUUGUGCUCGACAAGGACGAGUCGAUCCACCGCGGCAACCUCUUCCCCCGCUUCUCGCGCUCAAUCUCAAAAACCAACGUCCGCGACUCGCCAAAGUCCAACAUUGCCAGACACGUCGCCAACAACUCUCCUCGCCGUCUUGAGCUCGGUGUCAGCGACUGGAACUUGACCGGCACUGGCCCUUCAGCCUCCAACAAGGCUACUCCCUCGAGAACUCGCAACCUUAAGACCGUCAAGACUGGAAAGACCAAGAUCAGCUACACCUCGGCUGACCGCUUCAUCCCCAGCCGCACCAACUCGGACGCCAUCACCAACUCUGGCGUUAACAAGAUUGAGAAGAAGGACCACUCUCGCUCAAAGUCCUCGGCCGAGUCUGUUCUCGCAGGUGCUGCUUCUGCUUCUUCUGCCUUUGACCUUGGCAGACGUUCGACCCACGACGAUGAGAUUGAUGCUGCCCUCGGCCUUGAUGGCCUGAACCUGGACGAUGACAACGACGACAAGACCUACAACAAGCCUUCGCCCAAGACCGCCGCCUACCAGGACGAGAUCGCCAAGGCCUGCGACAUCUCGCUUGGCCAGAGAAUCCUCGCCUUCAAGCCUGCCGCUCCCGAGUCUUCCAGACCCAUUGAUCUGCGCUCGCAGUACAACCGUCCUCUCAAGCCUGCUGCCGCUGCCACUCAGUUCCGUCGCCGUGUCGCAACCGCCCCCGAGCGUGUCCUUGACGCACCUGGCCUUGUUGAUGACUACUACCUCAACCUUCUUGACUGGUCUUCGGGCAACCAGGUUGCCAUUGGUCUCGAGCGUUCGGUCUACGUUUGGUCUGCCGAGUCUGGCGAGGUCAACUCUCUCCUCGAGUGCCCUGCCGACACGUACAUCUCGUCUGUUAAGUGGAGUCAGGAUGGCGCUUACGUCGCUGCUGGCCUUGGUACGGGUGAGGUCCAGAUCUGGGACGUCGAGGAGGGCUCCAAGCUCCGCAGCAUGUUCGGCCACGACACCCGCGUUGGUGUCAUGGGCUGGAACAAGCACCUUCUUUCCACCGGUGCCCGCUCCGGCCUCGUCUACAACCACGAUGUUCGCAUUGCCCAGCACAAGGUCGCCGAGCUCGUCUCGCACACUGGCGAGGUUUGCGGUCUCGAGUGGCGCCCCGAUGGUGCUCAGUUGGCCACUGGUGGCAACGACAACCUCGUCAGCAUCUGGGAUGCUCGUUCGCUCAACGCACCCAAGUUCCAGAAGACCAACCACAAGGCUGCCGUCAAGGCUCUUGCCUGGUGCCCUUGGCAAUCCAACCUCCUCGCCACUGGCGGUGGUUCUCACGACCGUAUGAUCCACUUCUGGAACACUACCUCUGGCGCCCGCACCAACAGCAUCGACACUGGCAGCCAGGUUACCUCCCUCAAGUGGAGCACCUCGUACAAGGAGCUCGUCAGCUCGUCUGGCUUCCCCGACAACUCGCUGAGCAUCUGGUCUUACCCUACUCUGGUCAAGAACGUCGAGAUCCCCGCUCACGAGUCUCGCGUGCUUCACUCUUGCCUUUCUCCUGACGGUCAGAUGCUCGCGACUGCGGCUGCUGACGAGUCUCUCAAGUUCUGGAAGGUGUUCGAGAAGAAGGCUGGUGCCUCUUCUGCUGGCGCAUCGGGUGCUGCCUCGGCUAAGGCAUCCCUCACCAAGACUACCACCAUCAGAUAA